UGCGCUAACCUGUAUAGUUGUCCUGGCAACUUGUGCAGACCUGGCCAGGUCAACGUGUUCUAUGUCAGACCAAAUCUGUGAAUUUUGGCUGGAGAUUGAAAACAAGCUCACCAUGAUGGCCGACAAAGACGCCGUCUACCCAGCCAAUGGGAAGCUGUAUAAAUAUGACGUCACCAACACUAGCGCUGCAGUACCGAUUGACCCAAUACACGUCAUCACGGCGGACGGCUGGGAGAAAUCUCGGCUGGUGAUAGUGGUCAACAAAACAAUGCCAGGGCCGCCUAUUGAGGUGUUCGAGGGUCAAACGGUCAUCGUGCACGUGAAGAACAAGCUGAUGAGCGAGGGGCUGUCCGUUCACUGGCAUGGUCUACAGCAGCGUCAAACCCCUUGGAUGGACGGGGUGGCUUAUGUCACACAGUGUCCAAUACUUCCGGGUCAGACGUUCACCUACAGGUUCAAGGCCGAUCACGUGGGCUCCUUCUGGUACCACUCACACCUAGGGACUCAGCUGUCUAUGGGGUUGAUAGGAGCGUUCAUCGUCAGGAAGAAAGAGGAUCCGCCCAUGAAAGAGUACAUCAUGAUGCUACAGGACUGGAAUCACGACAUGGACGCAAAUUUAUUACACCAUAAAAUGUUGUACGGGAACUACGAAAACAGAACAAAACUUUCUGGCACGAAAUCUUUGGAAGGAGGAAUGUUUAG